AUGUUGAGCCCAUGUCUUAUGAGAUAAUGGGAAGACUGGCUAACAUUUAGGGCUUAGUAGCCAGUCUGGGUUUGCCGCCUUGCUUUGUGUAGGGUUUGAAAGUUAGAUUUGCGUUUGUUGGUACCUGGUGGAUUGGGAUGGUGUGAGGUGCAGUGCAUUGUGGAAUGACUGUUCACUGGAGUGCACUUUGCUGUUAUCAGAGCUGGAGAUAGAGACGUAACAUCUAAGUGAAGAUCAUGGGGAACUGCUCCUCCGCAGAUCGGAGGGGUUCUUUUGUUCGUAAACGAGGCCGUAGCUUUAAGACUAAGGAUGAGGACAUAUGUGCAUAUGGAACUCACAGUAGCAUCGACAAGGAGGAGGAUGAGGAAAGAGAGAAGUUGAUGAGGACGGAGGAGCAGGCAGCCGAUAAGGGUGUUGUCCCAUCAGACAGCGGGAUAGAGAGUCUGGGACCUUCUACUGAUGAAAGUCAAGAUGACACGUGCAAGAAGUGCAACCACCGAUAUCAGAGGCAGAGUCAGACGUCGUGCCAACACUGUGGACAAAUCCAGUUGAAAAGUUCACCAUGCAAAUCAGAACCAGAUACCUAUUGUUCCUGUGGUCCAAGAAACGCCCGAUUACAUGCAUGGCAGAAGAACCUUAUAUGCAAGACUCAUCCUCAUAGCCCCAAAAUGUACCGUCAUUCCGAUAUCAUCGAAGUGAAAUCUUCUCUGAGAAGGGGCAGGAGAAGGAUACCAGAGAGAAGGUCCCAGUUCUCGUGCAAAUCCUCUGACAGUUUAGACUAUGCUGGUGCAAUGCUUACCAGCAUGGACAAUGCCAAGAGUGUUGUGUCCGAAAUAUUUGGUGAUGAUGUGAGCUUAAGGGCACCGCUUGCAGCAUUUGAUUCAGUUGAUUGUCAACUUGAUUCAGAGGAUGCAUCCCGCAGAGAGAGGACAGUCAGUCAGGUUGAAGACCUGACCAGUCGUAUAUGUCAAUGUGGAGGACAGUCAAGCAAACAAAGUGAAACGGAACAGAACAAUAAAGACAACCAUCAAAACAAUUUUCAAAAUUCACGCAUCUCACCCGAACGAAGUGAAAGUUGCAUAAAUGGAUUUACUGAGGAUGUUUUGAGGAGUUCAUUUACCAAGAAGGAUAUGGCUAGACCUUUGUUUUACAGUAGAGAUGCACAGAUGAAUGGUAAUAUUUCUAGAAAUCAAGUUUAUGGAUGCAACGGCAAGGAAGAAUUGUCCACAUCUCUUAGUACUGUUUCUUUGAAGGAUAGGAUCUCAAGACCUAAUUCUUUCAGGCACAGCAUGAGUGAGUCUGAGGACAGCUUUGUGUUGUCGGGCGUGACGCUGCCCCAGGAUGUAACCGUCUCCAUGGUGAACGGCCAGGAGAUGGUGAUGAUGAACAUGUCAGCCUACUGUCAGCUGCUAGAUGAACUCCAUCUGCUCAAGUCGCAGCUGGCCAGGUUGUCUUCUGUGCUACAGGUAACACUGCUAAUUACAGGUGUUGACUAAAGUAUUGUCGGAAAUAGAACCAAACUGUUUUGUUCACAUUUAUAUCUACAAUUUAUGAAGUUAAUAUGUGA